UUUCCCCGCGAAAAGUCCUUAUUGAAAUAUCAAUAGUUUUAUUGAGUGUCGUGUUUUCGGUUCAUUGAUAUGUAAUUUUUAUUGGUUGUAAUGGCAUUUCAAUGCGAUGCGGAAUCCGGAGUUCAGUUUCUAUCCAGAUGUGGUGCCAAUUUGAGCCUUAAAGGGAUAAAUACGGUGAUAUUUGAAACUGGCCCCGAAUUAAAUGAUGUGAUUGAAAUUACUGGCGAUCCAUCGUGUGGAAAGACGUUACUUGUGACGAAGUUUUUAGUGAAAUGCGUAUUACCGAAAGAAUGGGGAAAAUUCCAUAUUGGCGGGCUGAAUGUUGGGGCUAUAUUGAUGGAUACAGACCAUCACUUUAAUUUGCUAAAACUUGUAAAUUUGAUGGAGCUACGUCUUAUGAAAUGUAGGACACACAGUGAAGAUGUUGAGGACAACAAAAUAGUGUUAGAUUCGGCGACGGUGGAGAAAAUAAUCAAGGAAUCGCUAAGAAAACUUAUAAUUCUUAAAUGCUACGACAGUGCACAGUAUCAAAUUACAUUGCAUUCUUUAGAAAGACUGUUAAGCGUCAACCGAUAUGUUAGUCUGCUGGUGCUAGAUAGCAUAACGGCGUACUAUUGGCAGGAUGUAGCCCAGGGUGGCGUUCGUAAAAUGGAUCUUUACGUGAAGAAAAUGCUUCAGACGAUAAAGAAGUGCCUCAUGGAGUAUAAACUAGUGCUAAUGUAUACCAAGCAAACAUAUUUCCAAUCAACAAAAUCUUCCACAGACGGUCAUGAUGAUAAGACCACACCUACAUACAGAAUUCAUCUCCAGCAGUGUCAGGGGCAAUUGAAUAAUAAUCUGUUCUAUGCACAGAUUAGUGGACAAGGCAAAACUAAAUGUAUUUUGUAUAAAAUUGAUAACAGUGGUAUAACAUGGAAUCCUUAAAGCAGUCAUAGUCUUAUAUUAAAGUUCAGUUCUGAUACCAUCAAUUUACUAUUCUUCGUUUGCCAUUUGUCAGAAUAUAUUCAGCCAUGAUUUUUACAGUGUAGCAAGUGUGAAUUAUCUGUCUGAUGUAUUAUAGUUAAUUUAUGAAUGAAAUUUAACUUCACAUCGUGAGUACUUCUUUUAUUAUGAUCUUGAAAGACCCCGGAUUGUUAAUUUUGAUAGCCAACACUUGGAAGAAUUUAUUUUUCUGUUUUAAGCAUAAUUUUUGUGAUAGUUGCACUAUGGGAGGAAGGAAAAAAAAACUUUUCUUUUCGAAGUAUAGUUUUUGUAGGAGAGUAGAAAAUUUAAAGUUCUAAGGGAUGAAGCAGAAAGGAUGAGUCAUUUCUGGGAAAAAUUGUAGAAACAUUCUGGCAAUGGUAGGCCCUAAUCGGGUAAUAUGUAAGGAAGUAAUCUGAAUCCUGAAAGAUCAAAUUUUGAUGCCAUGAAAUUAGUUGAUGUGGAAGAUAAUGGUGGUAGAUAUGCAGGAAGAGCUUCUAGAGGAAAAUUACAUUUUAAUAAUAUUUCAACAAGCUGCUAGAUAUUGUGGAAUUCAAAGAACAAGGGAGAAGCCAGGAAUAUGUAGCAGAUGGACAGGCUGCCGAUUAAUAAAAGCACGAAAAAUCAUAAAAGACUUCCUUGUGCUGCUUAUUGUAUAAACAGAGAAGUUAGGUGCACUUUUGAUGAAGAUAUCAUUAAAUCACGCCCUGAACAUCAUAUUGUAUAAUAUUUUGUACAGAACAUGAAGAAAAUUGGCCUCUGCAAAUCUUUGAAACAAGAGGACAGCAAAUUCUGGAAAAGGUUAAAGGGAUAUGAUAAUGAGCUUGCACGAAGAAUAGUGGAUUUCCUGAAACCGUUUAAAGAGGUCACAGGUGAAUUAGAAGAUGAAAAAGACCCUACAAUCCAGUCAGCUGUGUGGUUUCACAAAUUUAUCAAAUAUACAGUGUCAAUGACAAUGAUUGUGAGAUGAACUUACUUGCUACAGUUACAAGUACUGUUUCAUUAUGAUAAAAGAAAAUUGUAGAUUUGAAGUUUGACAAGGUUGUAAUUACUUCCAAACAUAGAGUUGUUACUGUUUCUUUGGCCAUCUUUCCGUGAUCUCAGUAUGCUCGACAUAAAUGAAAAGCAGAAAAUUCCUAGUUGUGUGUGACAAAUGUGCGUAAGUUGUUCAGGUACAACAUGCAGUUUUUAACAUAAUCAUUGUUGUACAGUUAGUGUAUAGUGUCUUAUAGCCAUACAGAAGUAGUAUAAUUUGUAUAAUAUUUUCUCAUAUAAAACCAUUUUUUGCUCUCCAGGUGUCACCUUCAUGCUUUUCACGCUAUGCUGCAUUACUUCUCACUUUUUGUUUAUUAACAUAUGGCCUUCAGCAAGUCCAAUGUCAUAGUUACCCAGAAGGAAAGAUGGUAUUAGGGACUGGAAGAAUAACAAAACAUAUCCAUGUCCUAGAUCUCUACAUUUUAAUUCAGCCUGGUAAUGACAUCUCAAAGUGGUGAAGCAGACCUGAAAAGCAUCUACCAAGACUGGUUGCAGCUUGAAGUAUCUUACUUAUCCUAGUGAUAAGCUCACCAAGGGAAUGGUGCUUUAUUAAAACUGGCAUGUUAUUAACACAUUAUGGCAGACAAUUAAAUCCAGAACACUGAUCAGAGUGAUCUACUGAUGAUCAACAGUAACUAUAAAUUGUCUUCUCUAUAAGCAAAUGAAAAAGUGGAAAGUUACAGCAGUAUAUAUUUAAUGUUCUUAGGAUGUUUUCCUUAUAAAGGUAGUAGUCUUCAGAAUUUCAGGGACAGUAUUCAGUAAUGUGUACAUAGUUUUUUCUGUUACUGAUAGGCAGAAUAAGGUUGCCUUUUAGAAAUGAGUUGUCUUUUUUUUCUGUGUAUAUACUGAAAUAUCAAAUUAUUUUCCACAUGCUGUAUGAAGUUAUCUGUGUCAUGUAAACUUUCUUGGAGACAUUGCUUUUGUAUACUCCAUUUUGGAUAUUCCAGUGGUUAAUUACCUAUAAAAGAUAGAUAAUCAUUAGUCGUCUAUAAUAAGUUUAUUUUUUGGAUAUGUAGG